AUGGCCUCGGGCGACGAGCAUGUUCAAGAUGGAGUGAAACGGAUGGAAUCCAUCACAGCUGCUUGGACGAUCAAAGCAUUGGUGAUCACCUAUCUACUUGUCUACAUGGUCUCUUUUAUCAAUACUCUCCAGCAGCAAAUCACCAAUAAUCUUUCUUCUUAUGUGACCUCUUCCUUCCAACAGCACUCAUUAACCGCAACUACUCAAGUAUUAUCUGGAAUCAUUGGAGGCGUGUCGAAGCUCCCCAUGGCUAAGAUGGUUGAUAUUUGGGGCCGGGUUGAAGGAUUUGCUCUAUCUGUUUUCCUCUGCACAAUUGGUCUCGUGUUGAUGGCGGCUUGCCAGAAUGUCGAAACUUACGCUGCAGCGCAGGUCUUUUACUGGGUUGGCUACAACAAUAUGGACUAUGUAAUCAGUAUCUUUCUGGCAGACACCACCUCUCUCACGAACCGAAUGAUUAUUUAUGGUCUAAACUCUACACCUUAUAUUGCAAACACGUUUGCCGGCCCGCAAAUUGCUCAGCUGUUCUAUGAGCAUAGUAAUUUUAGGUGGGCGUUUGGGGCCUUUAGCAUCAUAACUCCUGUGAUCUCCAUGCCGCUUAUCCUCUCCUUCGUCCUUGGUUAUAGAAAGGCAAAGAGGAUGGGAUUGGUCUCUCCGAGGGGAGCGUCGGGAAGGACUUGGCUGCAGUCAACUUGGCACUAUGCCAGAGAAUUUGAUGCUGUCGGGAUGCUCCUUAUCAUUGCUGGCUGGGCCCUAUUGCUCCUUCCUUUCAGCUUGGCGUCCUCUCAAGCUGAAAAAUGGCGAACUGGAUCCAUUAUCGCAAUGAUAAUUCUCGGUGGUCUUUUCCUCAUUGCAUUUGUGGCGUGGGAGAAAUUCUUUGCACCAGUGUCAUUUUUGCCAUUCAAAUACUUGGUUGAUAGGACGAUUAUGGGCGCGUGUCUCUUGGCCGGUACCUUGUUUGUGGCAUUCUACUGCUGGGAUAUUUACUUUUAUUCAUAUAUCCAGGUCGUGUUCCAGAUGAACAUACGGGACUCUGGAUACAUCUUGAACAUUUACAGUAUUGGGUCCUGUUUCUGGGCGCCAAUUGUUGGCUUAUUGAUCCGAUGGAGUGGUCGUUUCAAGUGGCUUGCCAUUGCCGCGAUCCCGGUUGAAACUCUAGGAACCGCUCUCUUGAUAUAUUUCCGCCACCCGGGCGUAAACGUUGGUUACAUUGUGAUGUGCCAGAUAUUCAAUGCCUUUGCUGGAGGCACUUUAGUCAUGUGCAUGCAAAUCGCAGUAAUGGCGGCGGUCCCCCAUAAUGAAAUUGCCGUUGUCAGUGCCCUUCUAGGCCUGUUCUCUUCGAUUGGCGGUGCAAUUGGCCAGUCAAUUUCUGGUGCUAUCUGGACCAAUCUCAUGCCUAGGGAGCUUGCCAAAUAUCUCCCUGCAGACGCUCAGGAUCAGUUGGCAGAUAUCUAUGCCUCUUUACCUGUACAACUGUCUUAUCCUUGGGGAAGCCCCAUCCGUCACGCAAUUGUCCAAGCUUACGGUGAAGUCAUGCGGAAGCUGAUGAUUGCUGGCUCGUGCUUUAUGCCGCUGGCAUUUAUUAGUGUGUUGGUGUGGAAAAAUAUCAACGUUAAAAAUAUCGAGCAAACCAAGGGCAAGGUCUUCUAG